UCCCAUUACAAUAUUCACAAAAAUCUCAUUUCUCUCUCUUUUUGGCUUUGCUACUUCAAGAAAUAGUAGUUUCGAUUGCUGCAUCGUCAUCGACAGCUCCCUAUUUUCUGUUAUAUUCAUAUUUUAUAGUAAUUUUUUAAAUCAGAAAAGAAUAUUUGAAACGCAACAAGAUGGAGGCGGCAACUACCGCGCUGAUUAUGCCUCAGAUGAAUAUCAACAACAAUUCUACGCCGUUGCGUUCGGAGGCUAAAUUAACAGCAGCUCGCCCUAACACAUACGCAAUUUCUAGUCCAAACGGUAAGAGAAAUCACGUUGCUAGAGGGUUAUCCAUGAGCCCUCAGGUGCAGGAUGGCGUAGUUGGAAGAACACUCUGCUCUGCGAGAGUGUCCACGUACCCGACUGAAAUAAUUGAGUCACAUUCCAUGACAGCAGAGGAAAGGAUAGGAGUGAUUCUUCUUAAUCUUGGAGGGCCAGAUACUCUACAUGAUGUUCAGCCUUUCUUGUUCAAUUUGUUUGCUGAUCCAGACAUUAUUCGUCUUCCAAGGUUGUUCGGGUUCCUUCAACGUCCCUUGGCACAGCUGAUUUCAACGUUGAGAGCUCCCAAGAGCAAGGAAGGGUAUGCUGCCAUUGGAGGUGGUUCGCCUCUGCGUAGAAUUACUGAUGAGCAGGCUAAUGCGAUCAAGUUGGCUCUGCAAGGUAAGGAUGUUCCUGCUAACGUGUACGUGGCAAUGCGUUAUUGGCACCCUUUUACAGAGGAAGCAGUUCAUCAGAUUAAGAGAGACAGGAUCACAAGGCUUGUGGUAUUGCCAUUAUACCCUCAAUAUUCCAUUUCAACAACAGGGUCAAGCAUCCGUGUCCUACGCGACAUGUUUAGGAAUGAUGAAUAUCUAUCUGGAGUACCUGUUGCUAUCAUACAGUCGUGGUAUCAACGAGAAGGCUACAUCAAGUCUAUGGCUGACUUGAUUGAAAAGGAAUUACAGACGUUUCCAAAACCAGAUGAGGCUAUGAUAUUUUUUAGUGCCCACGGAGUUCCUGUCAGUUACGUUGAGAAUGCUGGUGAUCCUUAUAGAGACCAGAUGGAAGACUGUAUUUUCUUGAUAAUGCAAGAACUCAAAGCUAGAGGAGUUCCCAAUGAUCAUACACUGGCUUACCAGAGCCGUGUUGGACCUGUGCAAUGGUUGAAGCCCUAUACCGAUGAAGUUCUUGUUGAGCUUGGCAAACAGGGCAUCAAAUCCUUACUGGCUGUUCCUGUGAGUUUCGUAAGUGAGCAUAUAGAAACUCUUGAAGAGAUCGACAUGGAGUACAAAGAACUGGCUCUGGAAUCAGGAAUCAUCCAUUGGGGCCGUGUCCCAGCUUUAAACUGUACUUCAUCGUUCAUCAAUGACAUGGCGGAUGCAGUGAUUGAAGCCCUGCCUUCAGCUAUGGAAAUAUCACCCUCUGCUGCUGCCGAGGAAGCAGAUGAUGGGCUGUUGUCAUAUGUUGUCAAGCUACUGUUUGGCUCUAUAUUGGCAUUCUUUUUGCUUCUGUCACCAAAAGUUAAAUCUGCAUUUAAGAACUAGAUUUCGAAAUGUGAAGGUUUUGAGAUGAGAAUAGAAAUUAAACUAUACUACUAGUUAUACUUGGGAAGGAAAUUGUAGGCUUCAUGUGGUCGGUGUCAUUUUUUAGGAAAAAUUCUUUUCAUCUUUUGAGAUUUGGGGGAUCAUAUUAUGAUACAGAUAAAUGAGUGAAAUUUCGAGACUAGUGUUCAAAUUUUGUUACAUCUUUAGAUUUGGGUAAAUGGAUAAAAAGUAUAUUUGCCUAAAUUAUACACGUAUGGGAUUCGGAUUUUAUCUUA